AAAUUGCGGUUCCGCACGGCACUUAUUAAAUUGCUUCAUCUUUGCAGCCGGUCGAUCUCUCUCUCUCGCUGGCUGGCUCAAAAUCCCCCAUCCUCACAUAGUUCUUUUCAUAAGAUAGCAUGGAUUCUACGGUUAACGUUCCCAGAUGGAAACCAAAUCAAAGCCCUGCAGGUAACCCUCCUCAAAACAAGCCUACAGCAACACAAAUCAACGAGUUGGAGGUUCAAAGCAUUGCUUCCGAGGAAGAUGACAACUCGCUUAGCGUGGAAUCUGUCCGAUUCCCAUUUAACAUUAGCUUUGCUAGUGAUACUCAUGAUAGUCAUCAUCUUCCUUUUGCUUCUUCACCAUCUCUGAAAAAGAUUGAGAUGGAAGCAACUACAACUGUUGUUGGGCAAAUAAAUGAUGAGAAACAGCUGCAAUUUUCAUCCAAGGACAGGAACAACGAUGGCAUUUUCUGCACAUGGAAGGACUUACGGGUUACAGUCGGUGAUGGAAAAAAUAGCCGCCGGGGAAUCCUGCAAGGGCUGACAGGGUAUGCUCAGCCGGGGGAGGUGUUGUGUGUGAUGGGACCUUCCGGCUGCGGCAAGUCCACUCUUCUGGAUGCGCUGGCAGGGAGAUUAAGUUCCAACACACAGCAAACUGGGGAGAUCCUAAUUAAUGGUCGGAAGGAGACACUUGCCUUCGGAACUUCGAACACCGUAUUAUUAUGUAGCAUUUGGUAGUGAGGCGAAACCGAGCCAAGAAGAGCUCAUUGAAAUUGCUCUAGGGCUAGAGUUAUCUGGGUUGCAUUCUUUUGGGCGUUAAGAAAGCGUCGCGGCUUAGCUGAUACUUGAGGUUCUGGAACUACCAGAUGGGUUCGAUGACCGAACCAAAGGACGUGGUGUGGUGUGCACUAGCUGGGCUCCUCAGCUCAAGAUCUUAGCUCAUGACUCAGUCGGUGGUUUCUUAACUCAUUCUGGGUGUAGCUCAGUUGUGGAGGCACUUCAACAUGAGAAAGCUCUAAUUCUCUUGACAUUCUUAGCGGACCAAGGGAUAAAUGCUAGGGUUUUGGAGGAGAACAACAUGGGUUACCCAAUACCAAGGAGCGAGUUUGAUGGAUAUUUCUCUAGAGACUCAACAUGGGUUACCCAAAUCCAUGAU